UAGUUUCAAGGACUUGAUGAUGUUCUGAAUUUUAAUUUCAUAUUCAGUUACUUUACAUUCAUCAUCAUAUUUAUUUAUUUUUUUAAAAUAAAUUUUGUUGCCGCUUAAGUCCGUUUGUUCAGCAAUUAGAAAGGUGUAGUGAAGAAAAAAAAUGUCGAAAAAGGUAUUGGUAAUUGGUAAUGGAUCAAGAGAACAUUGUAUUGCAUGGAAAUUAUCACAAUCAUCUAAAGUUUCAAACAUAAUUGUUUCACCGGGUAAUGGUGGCCUAUCACAAUGUGGCGGUAAAAUUUCUAUGAUUGAUCUGAAUGUAUCACAUCAUAAUGAAUUGAUUGAGUGGUGUCGAAAUAAUCGAAUCGAUUUGGUUGUCGUCGGACCAGAAGAUCCUCUUUCGAAAGGUAUAUCGGAUUCGUUAAAUUCAAGUGGUAUUCUUUGUUUUGGACCAAGUCAAAAAGCGGCUCGCAUUGAAAGCGAUAAAGCUUUUGCCAAAAAUUUUAUGAAAAAAUAUAAAAUCCCGACUGCUUCUUACCAGAAUUUUACGGAUCAUGAAAAAGCAAAAGAAUAUGUUCGUUCUACUGGUGCAUUGGUAAUUAAAGCUAGCGGUUUAGCCGCUGGUAAAGGAGUGAUCGUUGCAAAAACAAUUGAUGAAGCUUGUGAAGCUAUCGAUGAUAUGAUGUUGCGUAAAAAAUUUGGUAAAGCUGGUGAUGAGAUUGUUGUUGAAGAAUUUCUUGAAGGCGAUGAAGUUUCCGUUUUCGCUAUGACUGAUGGAGUGAAUCAUCGAAUCUUGUUGCCAGCUCAAGAUCACAAACGAGCUUAUGAUAAUGAUGAAGGUCCAAAUACCGGAGGCAUGGGUGCUUAUUGUCCAUAUCCAUUCUUAAACGACGAACAAUUGGAUCUAAUCAAAGAAAAUAUCAUACAAAAAACCAUCGAUGGUAUGCGUCAAGAAGGUCAUCCAUUUGUUGGUUUACUAUAUGCUGGUCUAAUGAUUACGCCGCAUGGACCAAAAGUUAUUGAAUUUAAUUGUCGAUUUGGUGAUCCUGAAACACAAUCAAUUCUUUCAUUAUUGAAGUCAGAUAUAUUUGAUCAUUUCAUGGCCUGUAUGUAUGGUCAAGUGGAUGAAGUUCGAUUUGAAUGGGAUGAUCGUUAUGCUGUCGGUAUUGUUAUUGCUAGUGGUGGUUAUCCAGGACCAAUAGUCAAAAAUAUUGAAAUUCAUGGUUUGAAUAUUCUAAAUCAAUUAAGUGAUGUUUAUGCAUUUUAUAGUGGAACAGCUUUAAAAGAUGGUAAUCUUGUUACAAGCGGUGGCCGAAUCAUGACCAUUGUUGCAUUAGACCAUUCGUUGAAACAAGCCGCAAUCAAAGCACGAAAUGCUGUUUCGAUGAUCAAGAUUGAAAAAAGUUUCUAUCGAAAUGAUAUUGCCAGCAAAGCAAUUCAACGGCUGGAAACACAAAUCGAUUACAAACAAAGCGGUGUUGACAUCGAUGCUGGAAAUGAAUUAGUCGAACAUAUCAAAGAAUUUGCUCGACGUACAACUAGACCCGGUGUGAUGGAACAGAUUGGCGGUUUUGGUGCUUUGUUUGAUAUGAGUAAACUGGGUAUGCAAGAUCCAAUCCUAGUAUCUGGUACUGAUGGUGUCGGAACCAAGUUGAAGGUUGCAAUUGAUACUGGCAUUUUGAACACUGUUGGCAUCGAUUUGGUUGCUAUGUGUAUCAAUGAUAUCCUCGUCCAAGGAGCCGAACCAUUGUUCUUUCUAGAUUAUUUUGCCUGCAGUAGAUUACAAGUGGAUCGAGCUACUGAUGUUAUCAAAGGCAUUUCCGAUGGAUGUCUUCAAUCAAAUUGUGCUUUGGUCGGCGGAGAAACGGCCGAAAUGCCAGGCAUGUAUGUUGGAGACGAUUUCGAUUUAGCUGGAUUUGCUGUCGGUGCUGUUGAACGAAAACAAAUGUUGCCCAGAAAAAAUUCCAUCGCUGAAGGUGAUAUUAUCAUUGGCUUAACAUCAAGCGGUGUUCAUUCCAAUGGAUUCAGUAUGGUCCGUAAAAUUAUGGAAGUCAAUCAGAUCGAUUUCAGUGAUCAAUUCGAUGAACAAAGAAAAUUUCAUGAUAUUCUUCUAACACCUACGAAAAUCUAUGUAAAAUCUUUGAUGCCAGCUAUUAAAACUGGAAAGAUCAAAGCUUUAGCACAUAUAACCGGCGGUGGCUUAAUCGAAAAUAUUCCACGUAUUUUACCCAAAGAAUUUGGAGUCGAAUUGAAUGCAAUGUCUUGGCCAAUGCAUGAAAUAUUCACGUGGCUAAAACAUGCGGGGAAUGUUGCCGAUCAUGAAAUGCAAAAAACAUUCAACUGUGGUUUAGGAAUGGUAAUAAUUGUCGAUGCUAAAGAUGCCCAAACUAUUCAAGAACUGAUAAAAUCUUCAAAUGAUGAAGAAAGCUAUCAAGUCGGCAAAAUCAUUCAAAGAUCAGAUCGACCUGUAAUCAUUAGGAAUUUUUCGCAAGCAAUCGAACGAAAUUCAUCGAAAAUAACAAUCAAACAAACACAACGACAAAAGAAACGUGUUGCCGUAUUGAUUUCAGGCAGUGGAACCAAUUUAAAAGCCAUAAUAGAAUAUGUUAAUCGUAAUGCACAUAAAACCUUUAUCGAUUUAGCCCUUGUCAUAUCGAAUAAAAGUUCUGCACCCGGAUUACAGUUUGCACGUGAAGCAGGCAUUCCAGUUGAAGUAAUCGUAAAGAAAAAAAUACAAUCACGUGAAGAAUAUGAUCAAUUAUUAAACAAAGCAUUGGACGAUGCACACAUUGAUAUAGUUUGUUUGGCCGGUUUUAUGCAAAUGUUGACUGAAAAUUUUGUCAACAAAUGGCUAGGCAAAAUGAUCAAUAUUCAUCCAUCAUUAUUACCAUCGUUUAAAGGAAUGGAUGCAUAUGGACAAGCAUUACAAUAUGGUGUAAAACUUACCGGAUGUACGGCACAUUUUGUUGUACCGGAAAUGGAUGCUGGACCAAUUAUUGCACAGGGUGUCGUUAAUAUUAAUCCAGGUGAAACACAUGAUUCAUUGGUUGAACGUGGUAAAGCUGUUGAACAUCAAAUCUAUCCACAAGCAUUAGAAUUGGUAGCUAGUGGUCGAGUAAAAUUUUCAAUGUAGAAUAAAUUAUUUAAUUUGAUAAAUGAACUGAAUUUAUUUUUGCUGAUCCAAUUAAAAAUAAAAUGAAAUCUUUUUAUUAUCA